GGGUAUCAGACAUUGCCUUCAGCCCUGACACUUCAUAGCUAACGCUGAGGCUAACGCUAACGGCUGAAGUAGGUCUCCCCCCACCAGGAGUAUCUGUCAGUGUCAGGACUUGUUUGGCGUGUGAACUCGGACAUCGUGUUCUUUCCUGACUCCGCGAAGAUGUCCUGCACUUGUACGUCUGCUGCGAGGGUGCUUUUAAAUUCUGCACCGAAAGGAUUUCCAUGCUCGCGCAUCCAGUUCUUUGCUCUCAGUAGACCAGUGUCUCGUGAAGCUCAUCUACCUGCAGCAGUACAGAUUCGAUCUUUUUCAGAAACUGCAGUGUGUUUUGCCUCAAAGGAGAACACACCUAAUAGUGGUUCCAGUGAUGGAGGAAAGAAAAGUAUGACCGACAUGGCUGGAAAGAGGUCAAUGGGUUCAGGAGGCUCAGGAAAGGGAGGCAGUCAACUGCGUUGUCCCAAAUGUGGGGACCCCUGCACACAUGUGGAGACGUUUGUAUCAUCUACACGAUUUGUGAAAUGUGAAAAGUGUCAUCACUUCUUCGUGGUGCUUUCUGAAACGGACUCUAAAAAGGGUCUGAAUAAGGAGGCAGAAUCUGCCGCUGAGGCUGUUAAACUGGCGUUUGCUCAGAAACCCCCCCCACCCCCUAAAAAGAUCUUUGCCUACCUUGAUAAAUAUGUUGUUGGCCAAUCAUAUGCAAAGAAAGUGUUGGCAGUUGCAGUGUACAACCAUUACAAACGGAUCUACAACAACCUCCCAGCAGGAGGCAGACAGCAAGUAGAGGCAGAAAAGCAAAGUUCUCUGAGUCCCCGAGAACUUGAGAUUAGAAGACGAGAAGAUGAAUACAGAUUUACAAAGUUGCUUCAGAUUGCUGGGAUCAGUCCCCAUGGCAAUGCUCUUGGUGCUUCUGUUCAGCAGCAGGCUGCUCAGCAAGCUCUUCAGGAGAAAAGAGGUGGGGAGGUGCUAGAUUCCACCCAUACUGACAUCAAAUUGGAGAAGAGCAACAUUGUGCUGCUAGGCCCUACUGGAUCUGGUAAAACCCUUUUGGCGCAGACUCUGGCUAGGUGUUUGGACGUUCCCUUUGCCAUUUGCGACUGUACUACCCUAACUCAGGCAGGUUAUGUGGGUGAGGAUAUUGAGUCUGUCAUCGCCAAACUGCUUCAAGAUGCCAACUACUCAGUGGAGAAAGCCCAGCAAGGAAUCGUGUUUCUGGAUGAGGUGGAUAAAAUUGGCAGUGUUCCAGGAAUCCAUCAGCUCAGAGAUGUGGGAGGAGAAGGCGUCCAGCAGGGUUUGUUGAAGCUCCUUGAGGGGACAAUUGUGAACGUUCCUGAAAAAAACAGCAGAAAGUUGCGGGGAGAAACUGUGCAAGUCGACACAACCAACAUCCUGUUUGUGGCAUCAGGGGCCUUCAAUGGGCUGGACCGAAUCAUUAGCCGCAGAAAAAAUGAGAAAUAUCUUGGCUUUGGCACACCUUCUAACCUGGGAAAGGGGCGUCGAGCAGCAGCUGCAGCAGAUCUGGCCAACAUCUCAGGGAGUGAGACAGACGCGGUAGCAGAGAUCGAGGAAAAGGACAGGCUCUUGAGGCACGUGGAGGCGCGAGACCUUAUUGAGUUUGGCAUGAUCCCAGAAUUUGUGGGAAGAUUGCCCGUGGUGGUGCCCCUGCAUAGCCUGGACGAGGAGACACUGGUGCGCAUACUCACAGAGCCUCGCAAUGCUGUGGUGCCGCAAUACCAAGCCCUCUUCAGCAUGGACAAGUGUGAGCUAAAUGUGACUCCGGAUGCACUGAGGGCCAUUGCUAGGUUGGCUCUCGAGAGGAAGACUGGAGCUCGAGGCCUCCGAUCUAUCAUGGAGAAGCUGCUGUUGGAGCCCAUGUUUGAGGUGCCACACUCUGACAUCAUGGCUGUGGAGCUGAAUAAGGAUGUGGUGCUGGGCAAGAGCAAACCAUGCUAUAUCAGGGCUCCAGCUAAGGAGACCACAGAAGAGGAAUAUGACUCUGGCAUCGAGGAAGAGAACUGGCCGAGACAGGCAGAUGUUGCCAACAACUGAUAAUGCAACUGUGAAGCAUUUCAAGAUUUUUCCAGGCUCUGGAACAUGAGUCACUCUGAAGAGAAAAGUACCAUUUUUCUGGCCUGCCCAGAGACAGGGGACCUCAGCUAGACCUUAAGCAGGGACGUUUAACUCUUUUAAAUGUCAGCUGAACAAAGAGCCUCUAGUAGACCCUCUAAUUACCUUCUGGUCCCAGAGUUCCCUUAACCUGUAAAAAGAAGAAAAAAAAUGUACUGAGCAAGACUACACACACUAGUGCAGUGGGCACUAAGGCUUAUUUGGAGACUUUGGGGAUUGUUAACCUUUUUAUAUAUCUACAGAUAAUUCUAUAUUGUUCAUAGUAAGAUUUUGCGGGUGAUUGUUUUUCUUUUGUGAAUGCACAGUGGAAGGAAAGGGAACGAUUGCCCUGAAUGGGAUCAUAUAACACACUUGAAGGCAUAUGGCUAGGAAUGUUGAAUGUUAAGAUUUCUCGGUGCAUGACACCAACCAGCUUUCCUCUUCUCAAUAAUGGUAUUCCAGGCCACCAUCAUGGCCAACCUGUUUCUCUAGCCAUCUGUUUUAACCAUGCUAUUGAUUUAUACAAAUGCAGUGUAAAAUGUGAAGCUGCUCUAGAUUUAUUUUUAAACUACCUAUAAUUUAACCAAGGAAACCCAUAUGAAUGAUUGUGAUUUUAAAAUCCUUGAAAGCACAGGAACAGAAAGAGGUUUAACAUAUCAAACCUUUUUCCCAAAUAUGUUACAAACACCUGUCUCCAUACUAGAUGCACUGUGUGUUCUGUUUGUAUCAUACCUGAGGCACUCUGGACUGGAUUAUCUCGUGAGGGUUAGUCAAUCUCCGUACUGCUUGUGGUUUAGAAAUACAACCUGCAUAUGCGCACACGCACACGUGAGUACACUGUAGUCUGUGACGCACAGCAGUAGUGUUUUAAUCAAGAUCACACUGAGAUUACUUUCACCUUGCUCAUUUCAGUUUUACUUUAUUCUUUUAGUGAAAUUUUUAAAAAUCAAACGUCAACAAACCACCACAAAAGCCAUUAAGUUUAGAUUCUCAAAGAUGUAUAGUUGUAUUUGUUUAAAACAUAAAUAAAAAGCUAUGUCUCUAA